UAAACUAAAAAAAUCAAAUUUCAAACACACUUGAUACCUAUUUCAUCGCUCAAAUUGGGGAUUAGGGUUAGGGUUCUAUAAAUCUAUAAAAACAUCCACCAUAAUCCAAAAAUUCGCUUUCAAAUCGCAACUUCUCCGUCUGAAACCUUCUCAAAUCUGCUACACUAGCAUUGAUCUGCAAGGUUUGUUCGUCAAUUGAUUCAAUUCUCACAGAAAUCGCUCAAUUUCAUACGUAAAUGAUUUCGGAUCUGAACGUUUUUGCGGUAUGAAUAACCGAUUUGCAACAAAUACACUAACAAUUUCCAGAAAUUUGAUUCGUUCGAAGAGUUUACACACAUUAUUGGUGAUGUGUUUUGCUGGAAAUUACUUCAGAAUUCGAUCGUCGAUCGAGGCUUUUUACGUUGCUUGCGAAGCGUUUUCUGAACAGUACGAACUCUAGGGUUUGGUUGCGGUGUUCGUUCGAUCGGAAGCUCUGUUGCUGUUGCUGAAUUCUGCGUGUUUUUCGAUCUGUUGUAAUUGGUGGUGCUUAUGGCGUCUGAAGAGGAUCCUGAUGUUGUUGAAAGAUGCCCGAAAAAUCGCUACGUUCGGUAUAAUGAAUUGCUGGGGAGGGGUGCCUGGAAGACAGUAUACAAGGGGUUUGAUGAAGUUGAAGGAAUUGAAGUUGCAUGGAGCCAAGUGAUGUUAGAUGAGGCUAUUCAAAAACCUGAAAAUCUGGAGCGAGUUUAUUCCGAGGUUCACUUGCUAAAGACGCUUAAACAUGAGAACAUAAUCAAGUCAUAUGUUUCUUGGGUAGACGACGAGAAGAAAACGGUUAACAUGAUUACUGAACUGUUUACCUCGGGGAAUUUGAGGCAAUAUCGCAAGAAGCAUAAGAGUGUUGAUUUAAAGGCUAUCAAGAAUUGGGCCAGACAGAUCCUUAAAGGCUUGGUUUAUCUGCACGGUCAUGAGCCGCCGAUUAUUCAUCGAGAUUUAAAAUGUGACAACAUAUUUGUUAACGGAAACCAUGGAAAAGUGAAGAUCGGCGAUCUUGGAUUAGCAACGAUAAUGCUACGCCCCACUGCUAAAAGUUUGAUUGGAACCCCUGAAUUCAUGGCUCCGGAGCUUUACGAAGAGGAAUAUAAUGAACUUGUUGACAUAUAUUCUUUCGGGAUGUGUAUAUUAGAGUUGAUAACUUGUGAAUAUCCGUACAGUGAAUGCAGAAAUCCCGCACACAUAUAUAAAAAAGUUAUUUCUGGGAUAAAACCCGCUGCUCUUUCAAAAGUCAAAGAUCCACAAGUCAAGGAGUUCAUAGAGAAGUGUUUGGUCCCGGCAUCUCAAAGAUUGCCCGCAAAAGAGCUUCUGAAAGAUCCAUUUCUCGCACCAGAAAGUACAAAAGAGCAUGUACACAAUCCGGUUGAAGUCAACUUGUCAACAUAUCCGAUGGACAUUGACGAUAACUUCGAUAUGGUUUCAUCUACUAGCAACACUACCAGCACUGGUUUACCUUUGCUUGAACUUCAGUCUAUCAAUGCGAGAAAUGAAAUCCGAUUAAAAGGCGAAAUGAAUGAAGAAAACACUGUCAAGUUAACCUUGAGAAUAGCCGAUUUUAGUGGUAGUGCGAGGAAUAUUGACUUCCCGUUUUCGCUCGAUGCUGAUACUGCACAUACGAUAGCUCAAGAAAUGGUUGAAGAACUAGACCUUUUGCACGAAGAUGUGAUUAUUAUAGCAGAGCUGAUCGAUGACAUGAUUAUGAAGUUCGUGCCAACAUGGAAACCAUCGUUCAAGAAAAAUUCCAUAUCUGGUGGAGGAGUUAGCUCAACCGAAGGUUCAAUAGUUCAAAACAACCAAAUCGCAUACGGGCCCACAAAGGAAGAUCACAGUUUCAAAGGGUUUGACGUUGUUUACAUAUUCGGGUGAUUGGAUGAAGAGCUCGGAAGUGUUUUCUUGCAAGAAAACGUCUAAUGAUUCAGUAGUGUGUGAAGAUGAUGGCGAAAAAAGUGUGUGUGAAGAUUUGAAGAAAGAGCUUGAUGAUAUUGAAGCUCAGUAUCAUUACUGGCAGAGUGAACUGCAGAAGCGUAGAGAAGCUGCAAUUGAAGAUGCAAAGAGGAAAUGGGAUUUGAAGAACAAAGUGCAAGUUUAUUGAGUUUGGUGUAGAAACUAGCUAGCUACAGUUGUUCUAACUUGUUGUUUAGAUUUCUUAUUCUUUGUACCAUUAAAAAUUUUGAAUAUAAUAAUAGUAACUAUUUUGAGAAGAA